ACAUUGUGCUGAGAAGGGGGGGGGGGGGAGGUAGCAGCAACAAUAUGGCGACAACCGCAGUUUCUCCCCAAUCUUUUCCACAUCUGCAGUUCCCGCACCGGCUUCCCUGAUCCACUGUAAAGCUUACAAGGGAGGGGGGCGGGUGGAGGAGGGUGUCUGCACUUGCUGAGCAUCUAUCGGCUGGACCAGAACACGAUUACACAUGUGCAUCAAACAGUUGAUGUCGAUCGCGAGGAAUUCACCGGAAUAACUCUUUUUUUUGUCUGAGGCAUUGUUUCGACCUCUGGGAGAGAGAGAGAGGGAGAGAGAGAGAGAGAAAAUGCCUCGUUAGGAUUCAGUCCACCCUCUGGAUUACAGGAUGGUGCUCUUGGCACACCGUAAGGCUUCGAUGCUAUAGCUGCUCCUGUGGAUGGUACAAACCUAAAGACCAGGUGGCUGCAGGAUGAAAACAUGGCCGCACCCCUUAUUGCACCGCCAGGACCCGAUAGCUUCAAGGAGUUUACUUUGGAAUCUUUGGUGACUAUUGAGCUGCGCAUCAAUGAGGAGAAGAACAAGAAGCCAGCCAAGCAGGACAGCAGCUACCGCGACGAUGACGACGAGAACAAGCCCAGGCCCAACCGUGACCUGGAGGCUGGGAAGAGCCUGCCCUACAUCUAUGGGGACAUCCCUAAGGGACUGGUGGCGGUACCACUGGAGGAUCUGGACCCAUUCUACCUGAAGACUCAGAAAACAUUUAUAGUGCUAAAUAGAGGGAAGACAAUCUUCCGUUUUAGUGCCACACCUGCCUUGUACUUCAUAAGUCCUUUAAAUCCAGUUAGGCGAGUAGCUAUUAAAAUUUUGAUACAUGCUCUUUUCAGCAUGAUCAUUAUGUGUACUAUUCUGACCAACUGUAUAUUCAUGACCUUUAGUGAUCCUCCGGAGUGGUCAAAACAAGUAGAGUACACAUUCACAGGAAUUUAUACAUUUGAGUCUCUUGUAAAAAUCUGCGCCCGAGGAUUCUGUAUAGACGGGUUCACAUUCCUCAGAGAUCCAUGGAACUGGCUGGACUUCAUGGUCAUUUCGAUGGCGUAUAUAACAGAGUUUGUAAACCUAGGCAAUGUCUCAGCUCUGCGCACGUUCAGGGUGUUGAGGGCAUUGAAAACUAUUUCUGUAAUUCCAGGCCUGAAGACCAUUGUGGGCGCUCUGAUACAGUCUGUGAAGAAGCUUUCGGAUGUGAUGAUCCUGACCGUCUUCUGCCUGAGCGUCUUUGCUCUCAUCGGUCUGCAGCUCUUCAUGGGCAACCUGCGCCACAAGUGUGUAAUCUGGCCAAUCAACACCACCAAGACCAUCGACUGGAAGGAGUACAUCAUGAACGACACAAAUUUCUACUUCCUGCCCGGUCAGUUAGAUGCUCUUCUUUGUGGGAACAGCUCUGACUCUGGCCGCUGCCCGGAGGGCUACACGUGCAUGAAAGCCGGGAGGAAUCCAAACUACGGCUACACCAGCUUUGACAGCUUCGGCUGGGCCUUCCUUGCUCUCUUCCGACUCAUGACACAGGACUUCUGGGAAAACCUUUACAUGCUGACCCUGAGGGCGGCGGGAAAGACCUACAUGAUCUUCUUUGUGCUGGUGAUCUUUGUGGGCUCGUUCUACUUGGUGAAUCUGAUCUUGGCUGUGGUGGCCAUGGCCUACGAGGAGCAGAACCAGGCCACCAUGGAAGAGGCUUUGCAGAAAGAGGAGGAAUUCAAGGCCAUGCUGGAGCAGCUCAAGAAGCAGCAGGAAGACGCCCAGACUGCUGCCAUGGCAACCUCCGCGGGUACAGUGUCAGAGGACGCAGUGGAGGAUGAUGGAGGAGGGCGUCUGUCAUGCAGUUCCUCGGAGAUGUCAAAGCUCAGCUCCAAGAGUGCAAAAGAGCGACGUAAUCGUAAGAAGAAGUGGCGGCAGAAGGAGCAAGAGAAGGAGAAAUGUGAUAGUGAGAAGUUUGUCAAGUCAGAGUCAGAUGACGGCAGCAAGAGGAGCCGCUUCCGUUUCCCUGACAAUCGCCUGGGACGAAAAUCUUCCAUCAUGAACCAGUCCCUCCUCAGCAUCCCCGGCUCUCCUUUCCUGUCGCGCCACAACAGCAAGAGCAGCAUCUUCAGCUUCAAGGGCCGCAAUAAGGACGCGGGGUCGGAGAACGAGUUUGCCGAUGACGAACACAGCACGGUGGAGGAGUGCGAGGAGCGCCGGGGCUCCCUGUUCAGCCCCUAUCGACGGAACAGCUACAGCGGCUUUCACGGGAAGAGGAACAGCACGGUGGAUUGCAACGGCGUGGUGUCGCUCAUCGGCCCUGGGCCCGGUGGACGCCUUCUGCCUGAGGUGAAAAUAGAUAAGGCAGCCACUGACGACAGUCCAACCACUGAGGUUGAGGUGAAGAAGAAGCUGUCGGGCUCCCUGAUGGUGUCUGUGGACCAGCUCAAUACCUCCUUUGGGCGGAAAGAGCGGGCCAACAGUGUCAUGAGCGUCAUUACCAACACACUAGUGGAGGAACUGGAGGAUUCUCAGCGAAACUGUCCACCAUGCUGGUAUAAGUUUGCUAACACAUUCCUGAUCUGGGAGUGCUCCCCCAAGUGGAUUAAGAUCAAGGAGAUUAUGAACCUGAUUGUCAUGGACCCCUUCGUGGACUUAGCCAUCACCAUCUGUAUCGUGCUCAACACCCUCUUCAUGGCCAUGGAGCACUACCCCAUGACCCCCGACUUCGAACACAUGCUGUCUGUAGGAAAUCUGGUAUUCACCGGGAUCUUUGCAGGGGAGAUGCUUUUCAAGCUUAUGGCUAUGGAUCCAUAUUACUACUUCCAGGAGGCCUGGAACUGUUUUGACGGAUUCAUUGUGACGCUGAGUUUAGUGGAGCUGGCUCUGGCUGACGUUGAGGGACUGUCUGUGCUGCGGUCUUUCCGAUUGCUGAGAGUGUUUAAGCUGGCCAAGUCAUGGCCUACCCUCAACAUGCUCAUCAAGAUCAUCGGUAACUCUGUGGGAGCCUUGGGAAACCUGACUCUGGUGCUGGCCAUCAUCGUCUUCAUCUUUGCUGUGGUGGGCAUGCAGCUGUUUGGCAAGAGCUACAAAGACUGUGUGUGUAAAAUCUCCCUUGACUGUGAGUUGCCCCGCUGGCACAUGAAUGACUUCUUCCACUCCUUCCUGAUCGUCUUCCGGGUGCUGUGCGGUGAAUGGAUUGAGACCAUGUGGGAUUGCAUGGAGGUGGCGGGUCAGGGCAUGUGCCUCAUUGUCUUCAUGAUGGUCAUGGUUAUCGGUAACCUAGUGGUGUUGAACCUGUUCCUCGCCUUGCUGCUGAGCUCGUUCAGUGCCGACAACUUGGCUGCAACAGAUGACGACGGGGAGCCCAACAACCUGCAGAUAUCCGUCAAGCGUAUCAAGACGGGCAUUGCGUGGAUCAAAUUGAAGAUGCGGAUAGUGGUUGCCAGUCUGCUGAAGAAACCGCAGAUGGAGGACGAGCAGAAGCCUUUGGACGACAUGUAUGACAAGAAGCUGAACUGCAUCGCCAACCACUCCGGGGUGGACAUCAACCGCGACCUGGACUAUGCCAAGAACGGUAAUGGCACCACCAGCGGCAUCGGCAGCAGUGUGGGCAAGUACAUGAUCGAUGAGGACCACAUGUCCUUCAUCCACAACCCACACCUGACCGUCUGCGUGCCCAUCGCUGUGGGAGAGUCUGAUUUUGAGAACCUCAACACGGAGGACUUCAGCAGCGAGUCGGAAAACGAGAACAGCAAAGAGCUGGAUGAAACCAGUUCAUCAGAGGGCAGCACGAUUGACAUCAAGCCAGACGUGGAGGAGGUGGUGGUGGUGGAGCCGGUGGAGGAAUACAUGGAACCAGAGGCGUGUUGGACAGAUGGAUGUGUCGCCAAGUAUCCGUGCUGUGGUGUUGACGUUAGUACGGGCUGGUGGAAGAGGUGGUGGUACCUGCGAAAAACCUGCUACCUGAUUGUGGAGCACAACUGGUUUGAGACCCUCAUCAUCUUCAUGAUCCUUCUCAGCAGCGGAGCUCUGGCCUUUGAAGAUGUGUACAUCGAGCAGAGAAAGACCAUUCGGAUUAUUUUGGAAUACGCAGACAGGGUUUUCACCUACAUCUUCAUCCUGGAGAUGUUGCUGAAGUGGGUCGCCUACGGUUUUGUCAAGUAUUUCACCAACGCCUGGUGCUGGCUGGAUUUCUUCAUUGUGGAUGUGUCUAUAGUCAGCCUUGUAGCUAAUGCGCUGGGCUACUCCGAUCUAGGGCCCAUUAAAUCACUCAGGACACUAAGGGCCUUGAGACCCCUCAGAGCCUUGUCACGUUUUGAAGGGAUGAGGGUGGUAGUCAACGCCUUGGUGGGUGCCAUCCCUUCCAUUAUGAAUGUGUUGCUGGUUUGCCUCAUCUUUUGGCUGAUUUUCAGUAUCAUGGGCGUCAACUUGUUUGCGGGCAAGUACUACUACUGUUUCAAUCAGACGUCAGAGGAAUACUUUCCUGUCGACGUGGUCAACAACAAGACCCAGUGUGAGGCCCUCAUGCAUCAAAACUACACUGAGGUCAGGUGGAAGAACGUCAAGAUCAACUUUGACAAUGUGGGAGCCGGCUACCUGGCCCUGCUUCAAGUGGCCACAUUCAAAGGUUGGAUGGACAUUAUGUACGCGGCUGUGGAUUCCAGAGAGGUGGAAGACCAGCCUGACUAUGAAGUCAACAUCUACAUGUACAUCUACUUCGUGGUUUUUAUCAUCUUUGGGUCCUUCUUCACCCUCAACCUCUUUAUUGGUGUGAUCAUCGACAACUUCAACCAGCAGAAGAAAAAGUUUGGAGGUCAGGAUAUAUUCAUGACAGAGGAACAGAAAAAGUACUACAAUGCCAUGAAAAAACUGGGUUCCAAAAAGCCACAAAAACCUAUUCCUCGACCACAGAACCCGGUCCAGGGCAUGGUGUUUGACUUUGUUACACAGCAGGUCUUUGACAUCUCCAUCAUGAUUCUUAUUUGCCUCAACAUGGUCACCAUGAUGGUUGAAACUGACGAUCAGUCAGAGGAAACGGAGAACGUCCUCUACUGGGUCAACUUCAUCUUUAUUGUAGUAUUCACCACAGAGUUCUUGCUAAAACUGUUUGCCCUUCGCCACUACUACUUCACCAAUGGCUGGAAUAUUUUUGACGUGGUGGUGGUCAUUCUGUCCAUUGUCGGUAUGUUUCUGGCUGAUAUAAUUGAGAAGUACUUUGUCUCACCAACCCUCUUCAGGGUGAUCAGGUUGGCUCGUAUAGGCCGUAUUCUCCGGCUAAUCAAAGGAGCGAAGGGCAUCCGAACUUUACUCUUUGCUCUGAUGAUGUCACUGCCCGCCCUGUUCAACAUCGGCCUUUUGCUCUUCCUGGUCAUGUUCAUCUUCUCCAUCUUUGGCAUGUCUAACUUUGGCUACGUAAAACACGGAGCGGGAAUUGACGACUUGUACAACUUUGAGACCUUUGGCAACAGCAUGAUCAUCCUGUUUAUGAUCACCACGUCAGCUGGUUGGGACGGCUUGCUGCUGCCGAUCCUCAACUACCCACCAGACUGCGAUCCCACUUUGGAGAACCCUGGUACCAACGUGAAGGGAGACUGUGGUAACCCCUCGGUGGGAAUCUUCUUUUUUGUCAUGUACAUCAUCAUUUCUUUCCUGAUUGUGGUCAACAUGUACAUUGCCAUCAUCCUGGAGAACUUCAGCGUUGCCACAGAGGAAAGUGCUGAUCCACUCAGUGAGGACGACUUUGAGACCUUCUACGAGAUCUGGGAAAAGUUUGACCCCACUGCCUCGCAGUUCAUCACUUUCGCCAAGCUGUCGGACUUUGCAGACACACUGGAGCACCCGCUUCGUGUGCCAAAACCCAACACCAUAGAACUGAUUGCCAUGGACCUGCCCAUGGUGAGCGGCGAUCGUAUCCACUGCCUGGACAUCCUGUUUGCCUUCACAAAGCGAGUGCUGGGUGACAGCGGUGAGUUGGACAUGCUGAGGCAACAGAUGGAGGAGCGUUUUGUGGCGGCCAACCCCUCCAAGGUGUCGUACGAACCCAUCACCACCACGCUUCGCCGCAAACAGGAGGAUGUCUCCGCCAGAACUAUUCAGAAUGCCUUCCGCAUCCACCUCAUCCGGCGCGGCAUUAUCUUCAAGCGGCACAUCUUUAGCAACAAUAGGUUUGAGAACGGCGGGACCAACCAGGAGAAGAAGGAAAGCACACCAUCCACAGCCUCUCUCCCCUCCUACGACAGCGUGACCAAACCUGACAAGGAAAAGCAGGACGAAAAAAAGGACGACUGGGCCAGGAAAGAGAAGGACAAAAACCAAAAAGAUGAGUGGGAAUCCAAGUGUUAGGAUUCAGUGACUCUCAAAAUCCAAUAAAACAGAGUGAGAUGAGACUCUGGCCCAAACUCAAUAAAUGUAGAAAAAGUGAUCAUCUGCAAGUAAGAAAAAAAAAAAAAACAUACAAAAAAAAAUAAAUGUUUACAGACUCUCAGAUACUUUUGAGGCAAUGUGGUUAUGUCGUAAUAGACAGUUGAACCAAACCCAAUCAGUUGACCCUACUAUGACCAAGUUCAUAUGAAUGAGGAGCAGAUACAAAAUGACUCACAGUGUGCUGGCCAAUGACUCACAACACUGGGAUCAACUGCCAACCUCUGCCAGAUAAUAUAAAAGAAUUGCAAAAUCCCUGCCACCACCGAGCGUGGACCCCUGCAGCACAGCUCCGAUGCUACGGGACCAGAUCACGCAGAUCCCACCAGAACUGUACCAGCAGUCUAAAGGGGGGGUCCGUAGCACAGAUUACCGUUUUGAUUUAAAAAAAAUAAUUGUCCAAGCAAGUGUUCGUAGGAAUGAAGGGGACACCCGGAAACGUUGAAGAAUUAUUUUUGGGGGUUUUGUUUGUUUGUUUGUGCCGAGUAAACUUGCAUCUUUACAUUAUUUGUGCUGCAAAAAAAACAAAACAUUUAGCCCAUGUCACUAGUCUUUUCAUAUCCUCUUUGUUAUACUGUACUGACAUUGUAAAAUACACGUUCUUACAGGGGCUUUCACACUGACUGGGUAGUGGCAAUUAGUCGACGGAGGGAGACUCAGGUCGAGUCCCAGAGAAAUAAUAAUUCAUUGUACUCGUUCAAUGAAUAGAAACUACUUGGAUUGAUGCAUGUUUUGAUCAGAAAUCAUGCAUGAGAAUACAUAGUCCCACAAGACACUAAUUCUCAGGCCUCUGCAGUGGCUUGAAUUAAGGAUGAACAAAGAUGAAGAUUCUGUUUAAUGAUUUGUCAAAUAUUGGGAGAGCCAUAUGAUCGAGCCUUUCUCUAGUUUUGCUUUUCAAUUUGACAGCUCUUUGGAAUGAGCCCUUCAUUAAGAUACCUGGCGAAUGAAGGGCGCUCAAGAGUCUCAGUCGGAUCAGCCAACAACACAAACUAUGAACAUCUCUUAAUGUUAGUAUAGAAAGAGUGAACAUCCUCACAAUGAGGAUAGCCAGAUUUGGAUCUAAAUCUAGGGCUCAUGUCUCUUUUUUUUUUUUUACAUACAUCCUUUCAUUUGUCAUGAGAGCGGGGAUCUUUCACACUAAGGAAUCCAUAACUGGCACCAGUGAGGGUCUUUUGUGCUCAAGGGUCCACAGGCCGUCCCUCCGCUGCUGUAGUUCCAGAAAGUGACGGAAAUAUAUAUGUUUUGAUACUUUUUGUUGAUUUGUUUUGGGCCAAUGGAAAAAAAUGAAACUGUAUUUCGAUGUAGGAUUUGUUCAUUUUGAGUUUUUCUUUUGUACUCUUUCUGACCCAUAUCAGAACUUCCCAGUGAAUGAUGUUCAAGGCAGGGCUUUUUGGACAAUUUGAGUUGCCAGCUUCAGAAAAAAGAGAAGCCUUGAAGUCUUUCACUGAUGUCCUUGUGAUGCAAUCAUCCUCAGAAAAGGAUUGGAUCAGUGAGAGUUUCACUGACCGCAGGGUUAACAGUGAAUUCCCACACGGACAUGCCUCGCCGUGCCUGCCACGUACAGAAGGUGGACGGCUAUGAAGGGCUUGCGGUUUGGACCGGAGAAUCCCACAGAUUCGUUCUGAUAUUUUCAGAAUGGAUGGAUGGAUGAUAAACGUGGACCAAUAGAUAAGUAGAGCCCCUGCCUUCGGGGGUUUUAGACUGACCGCCAUGGCAACAAAAAAACAAAAGGAAGACUAGAAGAAGAGAACAUUGCUUUGAUCUGAAAUGGAGUGGUAAAAGUCCCAUGUUUGUCAGUGUAUCAUUGUGCUUUUGUGGGACCUCUUAAACUGUGUGGUGUUGGACCCAGACUCGGACAUCUUUUCAAAUACUUGCAGGCUUUCAACUACUGUCAGCCGCUUCAAAAACAAUUAGAGAUGGACGUACAAAUGCAAACACCUGCCAAGAUCACCCAUCAGCAGGCCUCACAACGACGCGGGUACGCUGUCUAAUAGCUUUGUUGGUGUUUUUCAUUAAAAAAAAUACUGAGGCUUGAGGUCAAGUGGUAGACGAGACACAACUGCCUCCUUAGGUGUUUCUGCCAUUUAUUUUCUACACAGGAGUGAUGGUCCUAUUUAUAAGUGAAAGACUGGACAUAAAUCUGGCAUCCUUCGUCACACCAAUAAUGCCGUUUGGUGUGUUAAACACUGCCUGUACCAGAAGCCCCUGUCUGUAACAAUAACUGAGGUCUGUUUACAAUAUGAGGUCUCCAAAUCAGUUUGGCUGCUGCAUACUGAAACCAAAUACAUUCCCAAUGAGAACCACAGGAAGAGUGGGUAAUUUCAUCCGAUCGAUCCAUGUUCAUCUUGGAUGUGAUGUGUUAGAAUGAUACAUACACUUGAAAAAAAAAAGAAAAGAAGAAAAAAAAGUCAAACAAAGAAAACACAAAAACAAUAUAUAUGUACAGUGCAGGCUAUAAUGUAAAUGGCACAAUCGCUGAAAAAGAGGGAACCUUUUGAGAGAAACUAUAAAUAUUGUAUUAUAUUCUUUUAUUUUAUCGGCAUGCUUUGUUGUGUUUUUUGUAAAUAAGGAAUUUUAAAAUUGUUACUUCUAUAAUCAAAAAAAAAGACUAAUAAUAUAGAAUGGCUUCCAGCUAUGCCCUUUGUCACAUUUGUUACCUUUUGGAUUUUUUGAGACACUUUUCACUUUGUUGACGGAAAUUGAAUGAAAUAUAGAUAUUAUAUAAUACAAAAGAUAUAAACAUGUAUACAUAUAUGUCUAUAUGUAUAUACAUUAAACAGAAGAACACUGUUUUUCACAUUUGAUUUAUGUGCAACACGUUCAGUGGAUGUCUAAACUGGUUGUUUCCAGCACCCUCCUAUGUUGGGGAAUAGCUCAUGCGCGAUGUUACUGGAACUGCUUGCCAUGGAUUGUAGCCUGACCAUGAUGAACGGAUAAUGUUACCAGCACAUUUCUCACUUACUGUCAUAUCUCUCACCUUCACUGAGUAUACAGGACAUGCCCACAGUCACACACACACACACAUGCACACACACACACGGCUGACUCCUCACUGCCUACCAACUUUACCAGUGAACUUUUCCCUGAGAUACUCCCAAACCCUGUGGACUUUUCCCCAUACCCACACAUCAGUGCCAUUACAGCUCAACGUGCAUUCAACCAUGUAACUGCUUCUCAUUCUCACGUUUCUUUCGUUGAAUGGUUUGUUUCUGGUGUGCCACUAAAUGGCAUGUGCCUUUUUUUCUGCUUUUUCUGCAAAUUUGGAUGUCAAUUUCACACUGAAAAAAAAUAAACAAAACUGUCCAAACCG